CUUUCGGUGGCCACUCUGCUUCCUCUUUGCUAGUGCCGUUCAUCCAUUGCUUUUAGAACAAGUGGCCAGAAACCUUGGGGGUGGGGGGCUUCUGAUCUAUCCAGAACGGAAAGAUGACUUUGUAGAAGGGUGGAUGGGUAGAUGGAUGACUAGAUCAGUGGGCCGAUGCAUGGGUGGACAGAUGAUGGGUGGAUGGGACCCCAGGAGGUCGCCUGAAGACUGAAGAGGGACCCCUGAAAUUCUUCCCACCACCUGUCUGCUACUCUGUAGCACAGCCUCUGCGAGAACAGUUAAGGAGGGACUGGCGGCUGGGCGGUGGGAGAGGCGAGGUAGAGGGGAGCUGGGGAAGGAGAGCGGAGAGGAGGAGGGCCUUGGAGGCAGAGAGGAGGGGCGGCAGGUUCCCGGGGAGCCUGGCGCUGGCAGCGGCUCUGGCGGUUAGGGGACCAAUGUCGCUGCCGCCGCCUCCUCCUCGAGGGCCGGAGCUGCGUCGCCCGGGCUGAGCCGCAGCCGCAGCCGCAAGCCGAACGGCCGCUGGGCGCGCCCGCAACACGGGAGGAUGGGCUGCGGCGGGAGCCGAGCCGAUGCCAUCGAGCCCCGCUACUAUGAGAGCUGGACCCGGGAGACCGAGUCCACCUGGCUCACCUACACCGACUCGGACGCGCUGCCCAGCGCCGCAGCCACGGACAGCGGCCCCGAGGCGGGCGGCCUGCACGCGGGCUAAAAGGGAUGCCAAGCGAAUGUCUGCAAGAGAAGUCGCUAUCAGCGUCACAGAGAAUAUCCGGCAGAUGGACAGAAGUAAAAGGGUCACAAAGAACUGCAUCAAUUAGCAGUGUCUGGGUGUGGAAGCACAUGAACUUCUUUGUGGCGUCCAGUCAAAGAAUAUUGAAGAAGUGGGUGUCACUCACUGAACGUGGAUGCCUCUGAGCGACGCACGGCCACCCACGCGGUGACGACCAUCCCGGUUUCCUGUUUAUCACAUACAGAAAAUACAUCGAAAAGUCCUGGAAUAUGUUCACAGAUUGCCAAACUAUGGUUUGUUUUUCCUCUCUGCAGCUUCCGUAGCAGGGUCUGCUGUAACCAUGGUGAAGCCCGUGGGCCUGUGAAUGAAUAUUGGAAUCCCCGGGGCAAGGAGCUCACGCUAGCGUAGAAAUUUCACAGUGCGUGGUUUCGGACAAGCUCCCUUUUCCUCCUUUCUUUUUAAAUACGGCCAUUGUUUUCACUUAAGAGCUGGCUCUCACCAACUCUAAACUCAAAAAUACAAGAAUCAGAGAAACAGAGAGACUCAGAAUGAGAUCCAUUAGUCCUAGCUUCACGUGCUGACUCCCCGGUGCCUAUGCGGUGCCUUUAGGAGGUGUCUAUGACACACACACACACACACACACACACACACACACACACACACACACCUGUUCCUCCUCUACCUGGAAAGGUCUCCCAGGCUGGCAUCAGGCAUUGGCUUCCGAAUCACAAUGUCACAUGUUUGGGGCCCUUGCACCCAACCUGCACCCGCUUUGGGACCUAGCUCCAUGUGGCUUUUCCCAUAGCUUUCUAGUUCCCUGUUCUUCUCAUGGACUUUGUACUCCAGUCAGGUCAUUUGCAGCUGUAAUCAAAGACUGGACACCACUCCCGGGGGAAGGUGACCUAGGAACACAUGGUGACACACGCGAUGCCCCCUUGGCCUUUCUGUACACAGCCCCAAGGACCGUGUUAUUUUGGUAUCUGCAAAGCAAUUAGUUUGGAAAGCCAGAGCCUGGUUGAUGUAUAUUCCUGCUGACAUCAGACCAAGAAGGCACUGUAUUGGAAAGCAGGCAGCCAACACAGCCAAGCCAUGCUCUGAUAGGGACCAUUUCCCCACAUUCCUAAACACAUCCUCCUGCAAAGUAUGGCACAGCCUGAGUUUGAAAGGACCGUUCACUUGCUUGGGCUUAUUAAAGGUAUAGUCCAAGUUGUGUCAAACUGUAUCAACAGACUCCACAUCUAGCAGCAAGAGCAGUCUGGUGACAUGUUUAUACGACACAGUCCAAGAGAAGUAACCUAAGCGGGCUAAAAUGCAGAUGCUCACGCCUGUCUCUGAAGUGAUUUCUCCAACACAGACAGAACUGUAAACUGUGCGUUUAUUCGUAUUAAAAUUCACUGCCAAUCUUGUGCCAGCUACAGUAACAGACACAGAGGGGGUUGGAGUCUGGCAGUCACGACCGUACAUCUGACUCUAUGGGGAGGCUUGAGACUCAGGAGAAUGACCUGAACCCUGCGGCACAGGACCAACCAUUGCAGUGGAAUCUCACUUCUAGGUUAAAGGUAGCUUUCUAUCCAUCGCAAAUGUAUGUCUUCUCCUCUGCCGUGUAGACCACAGUUUUCCCCAACCUCUCUCACCUUGACUCCUUGUCAAAGGGCUUUUAGGGAACUUCAUGUUCUGACAAUUUAACUAAUAAAACAAAAGCAAGCCCCGUGACUCCUGUGUCCUCAGUGGCAUUGCUGGUCUGGAGUUCUUCCACAGGGUUGGCAGCGGGUCCAGUCCUGCGAGCUCAAGGGCUUGCUCUCCAGGGCGUGUUUUGACACACUGCUUUCCCAGUUGAUGCUAUCAGCCAGGGGCUGAGGCCAGCUUCUCUUCCCAACUCUUGUGUUUGCCUCACUCAGUUCACUGGUCUUCACCAUCUGGGAAAGUUGUCUCUGCAAAUAUAGAAACACAUUCUCGCUUUGAGUGGAGACGGAGCAGAGGGAGGGCCUGAGAUCUGGCCACACCAUUGAAAUUUCCAUCUGGCAAUUUUUAAAUGUGUGUUUAAAGCAGGAGCUGACUCUUAACUAUCCCAUUGGGAUAACACUUUCCAUUUCGAAGUUUGUGUCAAUAAAGUCAUUAAUUUCAAACACA